CCAUUUAAUCCUUCGCAGCUCACGCAGACAAAAUACAUAUUUUAUUUAAAUACAAAGUUUUCCUUACAGUUUUAGAACGAGUGAUCAAUUGAAAACACUCGUAAAAUUCUCGAAUUAUCGAGUAAAAUUGGACGUUUUGGGAUGUAAUGUAGAUAAAAAGAUUCUUCUAUUGAUAUAUGAAUUCUUGUAAAUACUCUACGAACAAAUGUGAUUUUUAAUUUCGUAACAAGUUCUGUAUAUAUAUAUAUUUUUUUAAUUGCAUUGUAUAUAUAUUUUCUUUCUUGUAAUAGAACUAACAUUAAAAAUUUUAAAACAAAUAUCAAACUAAUAUCAAGACUAAUCUCCAAACGCAUGCGUACGUUACUAUCUUUUUAUCAGAAUGACAUGUUGCUAACCUAAAACGUGCACAUUACUUUUUAAUCACGUUAAAAAAUGAGAGUGAUAAUUUGCUUUUAUAUACCGAAAUAUGUAUUCACGUUAAUUUUUCACUAAAUAAGUUAGAUUAGAAAUUUAUCGGAAGAUAAAUAUAAAUAGGGUCAAAUGUCUCUCGUAAUAUCGCUGUUAUUCCUGCUACUCCUUUUUUAAACUUUUGAAACAAAACGUUAUGACUGACAUAAGCGUAAGCCAGCUUGUGAAUCAGAUUGACCAAAGCAAUUUCACAUUGUAUGCGGAAUGGCAGAACACAUAUUUUAAAAUAAUAUUAUUACGCUCAUGCAAGGUACCGCUGAGUGGUGAGAUGUGCAUAGAAAAUGCAAAAUAUUAUCUACAGCAUCUAGAGGAGUCCUUUGACAUGUAUCUGGAGAAAACAAAACGUGCGUUUUCUGGUGAAAAUAUGGAAGUACAGUUUUUUCUGAAAGAUGAUACAUUUACAUGGAAACAGCAUAAUUUUAUCAUUCGUGGAGAAAUCACAGUACAUCCUUUUUCAAAUAUAUUAACUAUUUCUGACAUUUUGAAACAAAUACUGGAACGUUAUGAAGGAUAUCAGAAAUGUAUAGUAGUGUUGGAAAAAAAAAAUAAAUACUUAGAUGAAACUAAUGCAAAGCUGGCUACAGAUAAAGAAAUAACUAUAAGGAUGAAGGAAAGUAUGGAGAAGGAUCUUUAUAGGAAAUUUAUUUUACUUCUGAAUUCAAAGAAGCAAAAGAUUAGAGAGCUUCAGGAAGCUCUGGAUAAGAAAGCAAUAAAGUCGAUAUAUGAUGAGACUACUGAUGAAAGUGGAGGAUCAGAUGCAGAAGAUCAAAAUGUGCAAGAAACUAGCAUUAAGUCUUCUAAUAUAAAAAAACGCAAGGCAAAUUAUCAAGAUGGACAGGAUAAACCAAAGAUUAGUAAGAAAGAUUUCACAAGAUGUACAAAUCUCUCAUUUAAUAAAAGUCCAAGUCCUGAGCCUUCAACUAGCAAAGAUAAAUCAAUAUUGCAAAAUGCAGAUGUGAAACAUAUGACAAAAAUCACUAAUCAACGGCUUAAUAUUCUAGAAGAAGAGCCUGAAGAUGAUCUAUUUUCUUAAUUAAAAGAAUCAUAUCGUAUAUUUAUUUAAUAAAAUGUACAUAAUAUUUUAUAUGUACAUCAAUAUAUAUAUACAUAUACACAUAUACACAUAUAUAUAUAUAUAUAUAUAUAUAUAUAUAUAUAUAUAUAUAUAUAUAUAUAUAUAUAUAAAUUAUAUACUGAAAUUGAAAGAGUUCUAGUCUAAUAUAUUUGUGAAUGAGAAAAUAUAUCUUUAAUAUUUUAAAGGAACAAAUUUAUCAUGUAUAAUUAGUUUUAUAUUUCACCAAAUUUGAUUGUAUUUUAUAUUUAUGACGAUCAGCAUUGUUAAUUAUUAGUAUUUUAAUUCUAUAUAUAUGUAUAAGUUCUGCAAAUAUUGCAAUUGUUUAUCCAAUAUAGUGAAUUAUAUAUUUACUAAUGUGAGAGUAAUUUAUAAAUAUCUUAUCGCGGGAGUAUGUAAAAAACUACGAAUGAUAAAAUUUUUAACAGAUAUAUACUAAUAAAAGGAAUUUUGAGGCCAAUGCCUAUAUAUUUUAUGUCUAUUUCAAUUAUUAAAUUGAUAGUUUUGAAAAAAACUGAAGUCAAGGGUUGGGAAAAAGUCGAGGACUUUAAAAAUCGUAAGAAACGAUUUUUUAUGGAGACUAUCCAGAAAAGUAACAACAAAUUCGGUCGUCAAAGAUUGCCUAUGUGUUAAUGUUAUCCACAAUAUUUUACAUAAAAUAUAUAUUACAAUGUUGUUAUUAAUAAAUAACGAACUCGGUAAUAGAGUAAUAUUUCGGCUUAUCAUUUCGCUCUAAUGAUCAAUAUGCAAAUAUAUAUAUGUAUUAUAUGCCAAGAUUUACAUAAUUAAGUACAUUAUGUCCCAUAGAGUAGAAAUUCAAAAUGUGCAAUAAAAGCAUCAAGCGAA